CUGAGGUCAAGUGAUUCUGCAGGUACCAGUGAAGAAUAUGAAAUUGUGGAAAGUUUGGCAAGCCAGGAGUCUGAGCCCCAACUGAACAUUGCCAAUAACGGCAAUAUGGAGGACCUACAGCAUGAGCUCACAGAGUGUAAGCAGGUGGCUACUGCUUCACUUUUAUAAAAGCUAACUCAGCAAGCAGAAUUCUUCACCAACUGUUUCAAGGAUUGAUGUUGGAUCAUCGACAGUUGAAGGUGUGGAGAUGGUAAUGAGAGAGAAGAGCUCGGAAAGUUCCUCACCUAACAGCAUGGACUCCAGCACAAAAUCAUUAGCAAAGAAGGAUGAGGAGCCCUCAUGCUUCACUCUGCCAAUUCUGGAAACUCAGGUCUCCCAUAUUUCAUCUCUGAGUGAAGAUGCUUGUAGUAGUAGUGAUGGGAGGAUGGACGACAGGAAUCUUGGAGAAAAUAAUCCAAGUUUCUCCCAGGUGGCUUCAGAUGAUGAUAUGGAGAGAGUUCAGAGUGAGGAUGGUAGUGGGGAUUAUACAAUAUUCAACAGAGUAACCUACCUGGGAGCUGCUUCAAUUAAUGCUCCAAGAAGUGAAGCAGAGAUUCAGAGGAACAUGGCAAUACUUAAUGCUCAAGCUCAGGAACAAGCUUUGGAAGUCUCUGUUUCUGUACCAUCUAAUUCUGAAGGAUAUGUCAUAAUUUAUGAUGCUACAACAAGCACUGAGAUGACUCGUUUCAAAAUACAUCGCAUUCUCUUCUGUGCACGAGGAAAGAUAGACACAACGGAAGCCCGUUGCUUUGCCUUUACAUCCUCACAUGGAGAUACACAAGAAACAGCAAUUUUUCAGUGCCAUGUGUUCCGCUGUCAAAUUCCUGAAGCUGUUGCAAGAGUGUUGAUCACCUUUGCAGCAGCGUUCCGAAGAGUUCCCAGAAAUAAAUUAGUGAAGAAAGAGGUGGAACUCGACCAAAAUCGGCAACAGGCAGAUAAUGUUUACCUCUUUGAUAUUUCUUUAGAAAUUAAAGAGGAAGACAGUAAGGGAAACUUCAACACUGUGCCUAGGGAUAAAGAAUUCUUCAAAUUGCGAUGUAAUACUGAGAAGCAGCUUGUCCUGACAGUGACUCCAACACCCCCUAGCACUAACACCAGCACUACACACUUAAAUGUAGAUGAACUUAACGUGGAGCGAUGCUUUGGUCUCCUUGUGGCUCCAGGGCGUAGAGUCAAGAAUGCAGAUAUGAAUCUACUAGAAAUGAAAAUGGGCCGGAAUGAAAAAACACUCGAAGAGAGUGCGAAUUCUGAGAAAGGAUGUGAACAUGGAUUUUCUAACGCAUCCCAUGUUUUCGGGGUAAAUGAGGUGCAGGUUUCAAUGGGUAGCAAUGCAAAUGACAAGAAAAGUUAUGUUAUUUCUGGUCAUUGGGACCCAUCUGAUUCUGCAUUUGUUGUCCUCAAUAGAGAGACUCCUAGAGACAGGAGGAUCUUCAUGACAGUUGCCAUAGAUCUAGUCAUAAGAGGUAUUCAAGAACCAGUUCGUUUUGUAAUUGAAACCAAAGUGAGAGUGUACCCUCACCAUGAGCGAUUCUGGUACUUCAGUAAGAAACCACUCGUCCAUUUAUUCUCCCUUAAGCUCAAACAGGUGGCUCAUUCUCCACAAGGUGACCAGCAGUAUGUUGUGACGAGUGUUGACAACCUGGGAGAGGUGGAACGUUGGCGUCCAUCCACAAUGUCACUGUCACUUAAUCUCUCCUCUUUAACCUCUUCAACAUUAUCCUCACUUUCUACUGGUCGUUCACCAUCUAUAGCUUCAAUUGAAACCCCAGGAUGUGAUGAAGAUACAGAUGAUGAUGAGCCUUUAUUAAGUGGUUCAGGAGAGGUGUCCAAGGAUUGUCCCCAGGGAGAGUUGGACAUGUGGAGACAGGUGCUUCCCAAGUUACAGGCAGCUCCUCAGCAGUUACCAAAGGGUGUGUCAAGACUAGUGAAGAGGGGCAUCCCUGAAGCACUCCGAGGUGAAGUAUGGCAGCUCUUGGCCGGUUGUUCUGAUGAUUUGGACAUGAUGGAGACUUAUAGAGUACUUAUAACAAAAGACUGUGCAAGUGAGCAAGUUAUACUUCGAGACAUCAACCGCACUUUCCCUGCCCAUGACUACUUCAAGGAGGCUGGAGGUGUGGGUCAAGAUGCACUGUAUAAGAUCAGCAAGGCUUAUGCUGUCUACGAUGAAGAAGUGGGCUACUGCCAAGGCUUAUCAUUUUUGGCUGCUGCCUUACUGCUGCAUAUGCCAGAGGAACAGACAUUUUGUGUACUUGUCAAGAUAAUGUUUGAGUAUGGUUUACGGGAUUUAUUCAAGGAUGGCUUUGAGAUCCUCCACAUGAGGUUUUAUCAGCUUGCAAAAUUAAUGGAAGAGCAAUUACCAGAGUUGUGGCUACAUUUCCAGGAUCAGGGAGUUGAAAUCCACAUGUUUGCCAGCCAGUGGUUCCUCACAUUAUACACUGCCAAAUUCCCCUUAUUCAUGGUAUUUCACUACCUUGAUCUCUUCUUGCUCACUGGGAUAGACUCGGUCUUCCAGGUGGCUCUGGCUCUCUUGCAAAUGUCCAAGAAAGAGCUCAUAUCUUCAGAUUUUGAAGGAAUUCUCAAGUAUUUCCGCGUUUCCUUACCAAAAAAAUACCGGAAUGAAGAUGUUGCUCGACAACUGUACAAAGUUGCUACAUCAAUCAAGGUGAAGAAACUAAAGAAAUAUGAAAAGGAGUACCUGGCCUUGAAAGAACAAGAGGCAUUGCAGGAGGACCCUGUCGUACGCCUGGAACGCGAAAACCGUCGGCUAUUAGAUGACAACAUGCGGCUUGAGCGUGAAAAUGAUGACCUGGCUCAUGAACUUGUCACCAGCAAGAUAAACAUGCGGCACAGCAUGGAUAAGCUGGAGGAUAAAUGUGAUAAUCUAAAUAAAGAAGUUGUCAGUCUGAACGCCAUUCUGAAUGAUGCCGAGGAGGAAAAGAAGCGCUUGCUCUUGGAAGCUAACCAGGUGAAAGAACUCUUAAAACGGGAAGUGGAUAAGGGUGAUAUGGAAACACAGAGAAAUAAUGCCAUAAUUACGGACUACAAGAAGAUCUGCUCCCAGCUUUCUGAGCGACUGGACAAAGAACAAGCUGCAAAUACUCAAACUAUUAAUAUGUAUAAGGCAAAAGUGUCUUCUUGUGAGACCUGCAGUGGUAUCUUGUCACCUGUCACAGGCCCACCAGUAGAGCUGGGUAUUGAGGAAUCUCCACUUGUGACCAAGCUCAACCAGCAGGUCCGUGAAUUGGAACUGGAGUUGGCACAAACCAAGUUAGCACUUGUAGAGUCAGAGUGUAAAAAUCAGGAUCUUACACAUCAGCUGAGCACAGCAAUGACAGAGUUACAGGCCACAAAGAAUACCUGGUUCCAAAAGACACUCACUUCGAUUUCAUCAUUAAAGGAACGCACAGCCUCUACAGGUGGAAGUGUCAUUGGUAAUAAUCCUUAUGGCAGUGCUGCAGUGGGACAUAGUAGCCUGCAGCGUCAGCAUAGCAGAGACAGUAACUCAGAGAAAAUGUAGAUUUACCUACUAAUGUGUUUACAGAAUUUAGACCUGCCUUCAUUUAUUACAAAUUAAAAGGAUUUAUUUGUGAAUAUUUGGGAGAGAUAGUGAUUAAAACAAUCAAAAGUGACUGCUUUGCAGAUAUUUAUGAAAAGAUGUGAAUUAUAAUUAAUUUUGGCAUACUGUACGUGAUUUGGAUGAAAAUAUUGUCUGUACUACAGAUAAAUUAUAAGAUACAGUUUGGUAGAUGCUUACUAGAUACAUGCCCUUUGUGAGAAAUUUUGGGUUUAUGAUAAAUAUGAGGACAUUACUUAAUUAUCAUAUAACCCAAGUUAAUAAGUUACUGUUGUUUAUAAAAAAGUCCUUUUUGUUUCAGACAAUAUUAAGUGAGAUAGAGAGAGAAUGCAUCAUAAAAUGCAUUCUUUUUACAUAGAUAUGAACAGUUAUGAUUGAAGGCUGCCAUAGUGUUUUCACUUCUGUGUAAAUAAUGAAUAUUACCAGCUAUAUCUUGGUGUGUAUGAAUGAUUGCCUGCUGAGAGAUAAGUCAAGUGUGUUUAUUUUUGUAAUUACACUAUAUUCUAUAGUAACCAAGCAACAGCUGUUCUAAAGUAAUCAUUAGAUUCUCCACGAUCCUUUAUGCAAGUAGCAAUUAUUUUGUGUGUACACUGGUAUAAAUACUUAGUCUUGCAAUAUAAACUGACUAUUGUCAGUGUCAUUUCACUUCAUGAGGAUAUUAUUCUAUGAUUCAGUUUCUGUAUACUUGUGUACCAUUGAAAAUUCACCAUAAAAAAAUAUGCAUAUAAAGAGUCCAUAGAGUAUAUUUCUGUGGUGGAAUACCCUAGGAGACCCACCUGGAAUAUAUUGCAGUAAUAUGCCCAGUAAGGUUCAUUGCUUGCUUUUAACAGCAAUGUGUCUCCUUUGCCUCCAACUGCUUGUUGAUGCUUACUAGCUGUAACCAUCAUUAGCUGGGAGCAUUUGAGCUGAACCCCCAGCUGUCAGCCUUUGUUAUUGCGUAUACAUUGAUUUCACCUCUAGAUGGAUAUUUCCUUCUUCACUUUGUGUUUUGCUGAGCUGCUGGGGGCCACAGAACUUCCUUUAGGAUUUGUGGCAAUCUGUAUUACUAUUCUAGAAUCACUGGAAUGGCCAUUCAUUCUGGCUUACUAGCAGUCCUUGGAUUAUUCCCAAACAUGGUGUCUUAGAAGUGCUUAGUGUGAGAUGGAUCCUCAUUUGUUAGUAAUAUAGUGUUUGAUAAUGCCCUUGUUUUGUAGGUCAGUGAAUUCAACACCCACCAAGAUGGCAUAGAUCCUAUCUUCCUUGGCCAUUAGCAUCCUUUAUCACAUUUUCUCUUUAGAUCUUCAUUUAGCAUGUAUAUCUGGAGGGAGUUAUGGCUUUGUGGGGAGUGAGCUCCUACUCUUAACUUUCAACCAACCAACAUGAUUGAGCUUUGUCAUAUAUAAAUUUUAAGCUGCUUUUUGGAGUUAGCUUCAACUGAGUCACUGUUGAGCUCAUUCCACUUAUGACACUUACUCUGUGAAUUACUACCUGAUAUACCUGUGAUUCAUAUAGGUGUGUAAUUUCAAACCAAGUUUUCAUGUUGGAUGAGAGUUCUUGUCUGUUUUUAUGUUUACUGUUUUCUCUCCUGGUACUUAGUAUGCAUGUGAUAUGCAUGCAGUAGCAGAAUUUUCUGUGUGCAAGCCUGUGUCUUUGUGUGUGUCCAUGUGUCUUGGUCAGCCCCUGCAGUCUGCCUCUAAUCAACAAUUGGUUCCACUGUCUUUGAUCUUGGUUAUGUUGCCAUGUGAGCCCCCAGGGCACCUUAUUGCAGAAAACUGCAUUUUGAAGUUCAGUGUGAAAUGUGUAUUUCUACAUCAGAGCUCUGAAGGACUGUUUCUAACACUUCCUCCAGCAUUUGUCAGUUGACAAUGAACUUGGUGCACUGUAAUUACCAAUAUAUCUACAGGAACAGGGCUAUGACUGUGAAGUCCCAUGUAUUUUUUUUAUAUGUAUACUUCUUUCUUUCUUUCAACACACCGGCCGUAUCCCACCGAGGCGGGGUGGCCCAAAAGGAAAAACGAAAGUUUCUCCUUUUACAUUUAGUAAUAUAUACAGGAGAAGGGGUUACUAGACCCUUCCUCCUGGCAUUUUAGUCGCCU